AUGAAACAACCAAACAGAGUCCAUCAGCGUCGCGUGGAGAGGAGGUCGCCGCUGCUGCCACCGCCACCGCCGGACCCCAGGCCCCCACGACCCCGCCCGCCGCGUCGCCAUGGCCUGACGGCUGCGAAGUCCCCCGGGUGCGGAAGCCGCUGUGACGGCGACGACAGCCAGCCACCCGCCACGAGAUGGAGCCUGGGACGCAAGCACACGACCAAGGGGAGGCACUGGAAGUCCGAGGACGCCAGGGCCCCCCCGAGGCCGCCGGGCGACCGCAGACCUGAUAGCUUUACCACUCCCAAAGGCCCUAAGCCCCAUUCUAGAUGUUCAGACUGGGCAAGUGCAGUCGAAGAAGAUGAAAUGAGGACUAGAGUUAACAACGAAAUUUCAAGAUAUAAAAGGAAACUCCUCAUAAAUGACUUUGGAAGGGAGAGAAAAUCAUCAUUAGGAAGUUCGGAUUCAAAGGAGUCUACGUCAGCAUUGCCAGCUGACUUGGAGACCGAUGAAAGUGUCCUGAUGAGAAGACAGAAGCAGAUCGACUAUGGGAAGAACACCAUCGCCUACGAUCGCUAUAUUAAAGUCCCAAGGCACCUUCAACAGCCUGGCAUUCAUCCCAAAACACCCAACAAAUUCAAGAAGUAUAGUCCACGAUCGUGGGACCAGCAGAUCAAACUCUGGAAGGUGGCUCUGCAUUUUUGGAAUCCUCCAGCGGAAGAAGGAUGUGAUUUGCAAGAAAUACGUCCUGUUGACCUCGGGGAGAUGGAGAUGGAAUCCGCGGAGAGCAGCUCUGAGUCCCAGACGAGCUCUCAGGAUAACUUCGACAUGUACUGUGGCACACCCACGAAAGUUAGAAACGUGGACUGCCAGGCAGAGGACAAGUUUGACUUUAAAGCCUGUUUAACUGAACCCUUGAAAGACUUCUCAGCCAUGAGCUAACUGUCGCCACCUGGAGGCCACUGGGAGCAGCGCUGCCUCCCCAGGUGGGAAGUGGCCUGCCAAGCAUGCAUCCUGCGUUUGUAACUGGAGGUUUCUAAUAGUGUACAGUCUCAUGGUGAAUUGUUGUUCUUGCCUUAUUUUCUUAAGAAACGUUAAUUUUAUGUAGAGGGAGUGUAUUCUGCAUAUUUUAAACUGUAAAAUGGAACUAAAAUUCCAAUUCCGAGGAAAAUUGAACUCGAAGCAAUCUUGCAACAAUCUUAAUCGCUUAAUCUCCCGCAUCCUUGAAGUCAACCUGACAAGUGUCAGUGUCAGUGUCCUCAUAAUCAGAUACCUUUAAUAUCUUUAUGGAAAGGGUUAGGGUUUGGGCUGUUUGUUAAUAUGUCAAGAUUUGCUUUUUUCUUCAUACAGAGAACUGAAUAGUGAGAUAUUAAAUUGAGCUGGUAAAUUAAUGGGGUUUAUGUAAGUUAUACAGUCUUAAUUUGUUAUUUGUAAAUAGCACUAAGUAGGCCUUCUAUCUAUACUGUUUCCAAGAGUUUAGAAAGCAGAAAGAUUUAGAAAGAACAUUUUUUUUACAGUCAGUUAACUUACCAUGUAAAAUUGUUGUGAAUGAUAAUGUGUACAGAUUUUCUGUUCAAAUAUUCAAUUGUAAACUUCUUGUUAAGACUGUUGUGUUUCUAUUGCUUUUGUAU